AUGAAAUAUGACUGGGGAUCUACUGUAGUUGUAGUCACAGAUGAGACGGUCGGAAAAUUUCUGGCAACGCUACGAGAAGCAAACCCAGGGAACGCCUACUGGCCCCGAGAUAUGAGGACUGAAGAAGGCUAUCAGCGAGCGGUAUCCUAUUUUCACAUUGUUCCUUUACUCCAAACCGUAGACCAACACAAUGCAUAUGCUUGGCUGGCAAUCGAAGUCUUGACCCCUACCUGGCAGGACUAUCUCUUUCCAGAUCUCUCCAAGGUCCUCUCUAUUGCGCAGCCACCGGAUGUUAUGGUUGGACUCGAUCAAAGAAACCAAACGGUGAUUUUUCAACCGAUGUUACACAAACCAGAUUCACUGCCCGCGAGCGCCGAGCUUUGCACUGAGUUACCCAGAAUGAUGAGAAUGGAACUCGAACAAAUCGUUAGCCAAUCCGGCCGUCAACAAUCGAAAAUUUCUGAACGAGCUGAAGAAUCAGUCCAUUCAGUUUUACAGCAAGACGAUCCUUUCAUGAAAGAGAGCGAUCUGAAUGGAAUGAUUGUGUACAUCCGUCUAGCGGUUGACGCCCUCUGUCAAGGUCUAUUUGGGGACUCGGUUCCUAUCAGGUUUUCGACUGGGCACGGCGAGCCCCUCAUCCUGUGGGAGACCAAGAGCCCGAGCGCCGGCGAAAAGCACAUGCAAACAAUGAUAUCUUCUCAGUCUAUCACUUUCUCCAAAGAUCAAGUGAAAUGGUUGAAUGAGCAUGCUGUUCUUGCUAAGCUAGCGUGGCAUGCCAUGGAUUGUGAUGUCAAGCCAUCCUGGGCCGUUAUCUUUGCCGGAGGCGUUUACAUGAUCGUUCACAUUUCGUACCGUAUCGAUUGCAAGAAGCAUUUACGACCAUUCCUACACUAUUCCCCAAUGAUUCCAUUAUACGACCGCACCCUGCCCAUUUGGAGUACUGUACUUUAUAUGGUGGUACCCGUCGAAUCCAGCGCAGGUAACUCGCUCGCAAAGAUGCUGACAGCGCCUAUGGAUGGUGAAUUGUCAUGCGAAGCGCCACCCGGGGGGAACCUUCGACCAAUCUCAUCGUCACUCGAGAGCUCUGAUGGCAUUCUAGUGUACACCGAAGGGUCCUACAUGGUCCCGAUGUCUCGUGUAGUUGAUUUGGCCUCGAAGGCUCCCGAUACAAGACUUCCUUUUCUCCUGCAGGUCACUGGAAGACCUCUGUGUGGUGGAAGCGGUCAAUUUUAUCGCUUCAAUGGCCUCCAUGUAUUCAAACUGGCCUAA